AUAUGUGUGCAGUAAGAUAAGAAAACAUUCACUUACCUUAUUUAGAGGUUUCUGUACAGGUUACCCAUACAUGAAACUAUAUUGCUCAACUUGAGGGCCAACUUGCCAAUAAUCCAAGGGGCAUCUCAAAACAUAGCCUAACCACAAUCCGUCUUUACGUUCUGAUGAAUUUUUAUAGAUUCGGAAGAGGAGGUGGGAGAGGAGGAGGUGGAAGAGGAGGAGGUAGAAGAGGAAGCAGUGGGGGAUUUGGAGGAGGAGGUUACGGAAGCCAUGGAUCAAGAAGUAGUAGCAGCUCUGGAACAAGCAGGGGUACUGGUAAUUAUAGAUCAGGAAGUAGUAGCAGCUUUGCAACAAGCAGGGGCACAGGUAAUUAUGGAUCAAGAAGUAUUAGCAGCUCCGGAACAAGCAGCGGUACUGGCAAUUACGGAUCAAGUAGUACAAUUCAUGGAACUGAUAACAACAACCAUGCAGUCCGUAUAGGGCACAAUUUCAAUGGUAAUAGCAAUAGUGAAAAAUUUAACUAUCGACAGCCCAGUAGCAGUGGCUUUGACUUCAAUAGUAAUUACAUGCAGAACAGUCGUCCACAAAUAGACUGGGAUAUACUUCAUGAGAAACAGCGAGAGAUACUUGAGCCGCUUGAGAGGAUAAAUAACUUGAAUCUUGGGAGCUUUGAUUCACACAAAUAUAGAAGUACUUACGGGAAACCAUAUGGAAGUACUUUUAAGAACCCAUACGAAACUAUCCUCAAGGAUGUUCCUAAAGAGCAACAACGUAUUUUUAGUGAAUCUGGUCUUUAUACCCACAAAGCAGACCCUCAUAACUCUGCUUCAAUUCCUGCAGGGUCCCUUUCUACAAUUAGAAAUCAAGAACUCAAGGGAAGACGAUUUAGAAAUUCCAGAAGAAACUCAGUAGGUAGCUCCAAGUGUGACGUAAGAAAGCUGACAAAUGAUCCAAACAUCAGCUGGGUGUGCUCUAGAAUAAACAAGCAAAAGGAAUGCACCAUAAAGUGUAUUGAACCAAAGAAAUUCUCUGGCAUUGCUGCCGACAAAUACACAUGCAGACAUGGAAUAUGGACUCCGAAUCAUGUUCCACGCUGUAUUUAGCACAGAAGAGUGCAAAUAAAUUAAUUACUUUUCGUUAA